AUGGCUCCCGCUGCUACCGGUGCCAAGAAGCAGAAGAAGAAGUGGUCCAAGGGCAAGGUCAAGGACAAGGCCCAGCACGCCGUCCUUCUGGACAAGACCACCUCUGAGAAGCUCAACAAGGAUGUUCAGUCUUACCGCCUCGUCACAGUCUCCACCCUCGUCGACCGAUUAAAGAUCAACGGAUCUUUGGCACGCAAGUGCCUCAAGGACUUGGAGGAGAGAGGUCAGAUCAAGUCUGUCGUCACCCACAGCAAGAUGAAGAUCUACACCCGUGCCGUCGGCGCCUCUGACUAA